AUGCUGAGCGGCCCCGCGAAGCCGACGCCAGGUGCAUUCGCGGAGCCCAAGGAACUAGAGCUGAGGAUCAGGGACUGGGGUGACCAGCUUCUCUACCUGUUCCCCGACCCCUUAGGGGCUCAUCGGCCCCAACGCAAUCAUGACGUCUCCCCUGUGCAGGGCGGCCUCGGCCAAUGCCCUGUCUAGUCAGGACCAGGUUUCAAUGCCUGCCUCCAAAGCCAAGGGCAAUAUGCCUCAGAGUUCGCCCGCAGUCAAGGGCUCAGUGCGGGUACAGGCCUGGCCUGCACUCCGUUCCAAGUCGGGAGGCUUCCACUCCCGUCCAGCGAAGCCCUCGGUACGAGCGCAGGUGGCUGAGUUACAGAGGAAGAUACAGCUCUUAGAGGGUGACAGGAAGGCCUUUCAUGAGAGCUCCCAGUGGAGUAUCAAGAAGAACCAGGACACCAUCAACCAGCUUCGAGAGGCGACAAAGGCUCUUCGAGGACAGCUAACAGACCUGCUGCAGGGAGAUACAAAAGUGGUCCAGGCCAUCAUUGAGGAAUGGAAGUCCGAGAAACCAUACCUGAAGAACAGGACGGGACAGGCCCUGGAGCAUCUGGACCACCAGCUGAGGGAGAAGAUGAAUCAGCUCAACGCCCUGAGACACCAGGCCAAUCUGAGGCAGAAGCGCCUGAACGAGCUCAAGCUGCAGCACCGCCUGCGCCAACUGGAGAUGAAUGAGGCGCAGGACAGCAACACGGAGGUGGCCAAGACCGUGCGCAACCUGGAGAACCGCUUGGAGAAGGCUCGGAUGAAAGCAGAAGAGGCCAAGCACAUCACUGACUUGUAUCUGCAGCUCAAAGGCUAUCUCCAGGAAGAAAGUCUCAACCUGGAGAACCGGCUGGAUGCCAUGGAGGCUGAGGUGCUGAAAGCCAAACACGAGAUGAAGGAACUCCACGUUGUGAACCAAGAGGCCAUCAAUGCCCGGGAUAUCGCCAAGAACCAGCUGCAGUACCUGGAGGAGACUGUGAUUCGAGAACGCAAAAAGCGCGACCGCUACAUAACUGAUUGCAAGAAGCGCGCGGAGGAGAAGAAACUUCAGAACGAACGCAUGGAGCGCAAGACGCAGCGAGACCACGUGCUACUACAGUCGGAAGAAACAAUCCAAGACCACCUGCGCCACAAGGAGGAGGAGCUCCGGCAGCGCUGGAGCAUGUACCAGAUGGAGGUGAUCUUCGGCAAGGUCAAGGACGCCACCGGCGUGGCUGAGACGCAUUCCGUGGUGCGACGGUUCCUGGCUCAGGGAGAAACCUUCACACAGUUAGAAGCGCUCAAGAAAGAUAACGAGCAGACUCUGGCAAAGUUAAAGCAAGAGAAGCAGCGGCUCCAGCAGGAACUGGAGGCCCUCAAGUACUCCGGGGAUGCCACGCUAGUGAGCCAGCAGAAGCGCCAGGAGGAGAUGCAGGGGCACCUCCAGACCGAAGAGCAGCGGCUCAACCACGUGCAGGAGCAACUGGAGCGCACAUUGAGAACAAUGCAAAUUGUCCGAGGCAGCCUGGAGCACCUGGCCAGCAAGUUAAAUCACAUCACAGUGGAGAAUGGCCUGGCGGGUGAAAAGGAAUUAGAUCCCGACACAGGUGACUAUUUGCCCAACCUAUUGGUCCUAGUGGAGGAAAAGCUGCUUCAACUGCAGAGGCAGCUCGAGAGCCACGAUGUGUCGGAGAUGCUGCGCCACAUCGCGGAUCGUGAGUUCCUCACCAGCUUAGAAGGAAAGCUUCCCCUGUACAACACCCGAAUCACUCUACCCGUUGCUGGUAUCAAGGACAAGUUCUUCGACGAAGAGGAGAGUGAGGAUGAUAACAUUGUAGUGACACGUGCUGCUUUCAAGAUGCAUUCCCAGAAACUAAUCGAAGCCCGCAGCAAGAAGCGCAGUCGCUCGCGCAGGUCCUAGACUUGCAGUCAUGUGCCCCAUGCAGCCCCUGACCCAUCUGGGCCCAGCUUACCCGGCCCAUGGGGACCCCGUCCAAGGGCUAGAGGAGGAGGCCGGAGCGAGGGAGCAAAGCAGGCCGGAGGUGCCAGGAGGAGAGGAAGGGCUAGGCCAGAUGUUCCCACAGUAAAUCAACCCAGACGAGACGGGGCCAGCGUCGGCCUCAGAAUCGCGCAAUAAA